UCAAACGAACUUGCCUUGUUUGUAAUUGUAGAUACAGUGAGGAAGUUUUAUGUGCAAAUUUUAUAGUUUUAAUGACUUAAAUAUAAUUGUGCAUGAUAAAUAUGGAGCUAUGGGAAAAGGAUAUUAUAGAAUGGAUCAAUUGUUCACAAUUACUAACAGAACCAGUGAAAAACACAACGGAAUUGCAAGAUGGAGUAUUUUAUAUCAAGUUCCUGGAAUUAAUAAAAUGGGAAAAAUAUGAGAACAAUAGCAAUCAAGAAGAUCUUAUUUUAAAGUUUUUAGAAGAUGAGUAUCCCAGUUUUAAAGUCAACAAAGAUGAUAAUACAGAACACUUAUACGUUGCAUCUUUGUUAUUAGUGCAUUUAAGCCGAACAAUCACUGCAAUACAUGAUUUAUACAAUGCAUCAAAUCUAAAAUACAAUAUGUUUGAUGUUUUAAAACAUGAAACACAAAUUAGAGUUAAAACCUUUCUUGAAAAUACUUUACCUCUUGGAAAAGAGAUCACCAAGGAAACUAUAGUAGAAGUUAUUAUGGAAGUAGAAGAUAUAUCAUGUACUCCACCACCUGUUGCGGGAUUUUCUCAUUCUCCUGCCACACGUUCUGCACGUAGCAAAAAAAUUAUGACUGAAAGAAUUCGGGAGCUAAGAGAAUUAAAAAGUAAUUUAGCAGUAGAACGAUUCACCAAUACGGAUUUACGAGAAGAUGUAAAGAUGCUGCAGGAAAAGAUACAAAAGUUGCAGAAAAAGCUUGAUGAAAAAUCAGAACAACUGAAAACAUUGCGAAAGGAACAAAUAAAACAAAAUACUCCUAAGCCUUCUCGUUCAAAAGAGGACAUCUCACGAGAAGAUUAUUAUAAGAAAUAUAUUAAUGAUUUGACAAGUCAGUUGAAUAAACAGCAAGAUCAAAUUGAUGAAUUAGAGGAGGAAAAUGAUACUUUAGCUAAAGGGCUAUCCAGUCUGCAGAGAACAUCAGUGCAUUAUAAAGAAAAUUUCACAAUCUCUGAACGAUCUUUGGAAACUCUAUCAAGUAAAAUUGAAUUGAAAGACAGAGAACUGGUAGAACUCAGAAUACACAACGAAGAAUUACGCACAUAUAUCAAGGAAUUGAACAAAAAUUCUAAUGUAGAACAAAGCUUUGAAGUUGAAGAUGUACCACUUUCAAUGAUUUCCCAAAGAAGGUCACUGAAUACUAGUGAAGCUCUAAGUUCUGUGAUUGAAAUCCAACUCCAGGAAGCUAAAGAAGAAUCUGCUAUAUUGAACGCUCAAGUUGACACUUUAAAAGGAAGACUAGACAUUCUUAUGAAAGAUUAUAAAACUGCGAUGGAAUCAAAUAGAGAUUUGCAAGAGAAAGUAAAAAUGUUAGAUCAACUGCAAGCAAAACUAAAUAAUACGCAGAAGGAAUUAAAUAUUUUGAAUACAGAUAUUACAAAUUUACAGUCAGAGAAAAUGUCUUUUGUUGCUCAAAAUGAAGAUUUGAAAAAUUUACUUUCAUCUAAUGAAAAGAAACUAUCUGAAAAAGAACAGUCGAUUGCUACAUUGAAUACAGAAUUGGAUAAUUUAAAACUAGAGGUGACGGACUUGCAUGAAUUGCUUGAAAACGAAAGGAUUAAUUGUACAAACUUAAACAUUUCUCUAACAGAAACAAAAUCACAGGUAGCGGAACAUCUCACACACAUUAACAAGCUUACAGAUGAAAGAAAUUCGUACAGAUCUUCUAUCGAAAAUUAUAGUAAAAAUAUAAGAGAUAUUUUUCACUGUGAUCAAUUCAUACAAAUUUCAAUUGACAAUUUAGAUAACUUGACACUUGAUGAUCUUAUAAAACACAUAGAAACAAUGUUACAUAAUUAUAAUACCGUAUGCACUUCAUAUAAAUGUGACAUCGAGAAACUAAAAGCAGCAGUAGAAGAAACAAAUAAAAAUUUACUUGAACAACAAUUAACUAUUACAACUUUAGAAGAACGAAAUAAGCAGAAUUUGGAAGAGAUUAGAGAUGAAAAACAUAUUUUGGAACAGAAUUUACUUGAAGUAAUAAGCAAUUUACAAAGCAGUUUACUCAACAAAGAACAGUUGCUGAAAUCUCUUAUGACACGAUUAGAAGAUAUCCAAUAUGUAAAUAAAGAUCUCAAAUUAAUAAAAGAAACGACUCAACGAAACUUUGCAGAAUAUCAAGAAAAUGUUCAACUGAUAUUUGAAAAAUUACAACGUAACUAUCAAACAUUGCAUCAUGAACUCCAUCAAGUGCAACAAGAAAAAGAGGAGUUGGAGUGUAAUUUCAAUCGCACUAACAGUGAAUUAUCAGACAUUCAAACAAGAAAUACUAUAUUAGAAGAAAAUUUAUUAGAAAAUCAGAAAAUAAUAAGCGCUUUGAAAGAACAGGAAAAAAUUCUCUAUAAUGAAUUAAAUGAAUGCAAACAGAAUGUACUACAAGUAAAAGAAACAAAUCAAGCGUUAGAAGAACAAUAUGCAAUGAUGAAAACUGAAGCAAAUAAUAAUUUGGAAAGUUUGAAGUCGAAGAAUGCUAAAAUAUCACAUGAAUUGAAGGACGUUACUGACAAUUUCAAUUUAUUGCAAACAAAAAUGAAUGAUACAAACAAACAGGUGGAAUUGAAACAGGCAGAGAUUAAUAGAUUGCGUUUGGACGUCUCAUUUUUAAGAGAAGAGAAAAAAAGCUUGAUAUACUCGCAUAAAGAAGCAUUAGAAGCAAAAGAUAAAGAAUUGGGAAUUAAAGAAGAGGCAUUGAUUGCGUUACAAGCUAAAAUGGACAAACUGGAAAAUAAAGCAUGUAUUACAGAGAAGAAGAUGAAAGAAGUAAUUGUUAAUCUUCAAGAAGUAAGAUCUAGUCAGGAUGCCGUUUUGACAACUCAGGAAGCAGCUCUAAAAGAAAAAUGUCUGCAUAUAGAAGAUCUUCAGGAAGAAUUCAAUAGCUCUAAAAAAAUAUUGAAUAAGGAACUUGAAAAUGCAAAAUUGUCGUUGCGCGAGUGCCAGAGCAACCUUCUCGAUGUACAAAAUCAAAUUAAUGACAAGAAUAAAACUAUAGCAGACCAAAAUACAACUUUAGCAGAAUUGCAAGAAAUGCUAAAGAAAAUUAAUGCGGAACUUGAAACAAAUAAGGAGCACUGCAAGCGUACGGAUGCGAGUCGAGCAAAAAUUGUGAAACUGUGUGAAAAAUUAGAGCAGCCAACGAAAAAUUUGAAUUCUACAAUUAUGGAGAUGUGUUCAAGUUUCGAUUUUCUCGAUCAGAAUUUACAGGAUGUGUCGCAAUAUGAGAAUAUUUAUAUAGACAAUGAAACUGCAGAUGUCCUGAAUAUUAUCAAGAUGACUAUUAAUCAAUUACACAAAUCUCAGAAAGUUAUUUCGUAUUUGUCUUGCGCGAAUGCUGAAUCGAAUAAAACUUUGGAAGAGCAAAAAAUACUUCUGGAAAACAGUGCAAAAGACAAAGAGGAAAUUUGCGGUUUGAAAAAUAAAAUACAAGAAUUGGAGGUGAUAGCGGAGAAACGAAAUGAUUAUCUUAAAAAUCUUAUCAAAAGUAAAGAAUCCUUAAAAGAAUCUCUGCAAAAAAUUUUUGCUUCACGGAACGAUUUAGACAACAUUUUAAUAUCAUCGAAGCAGAAAUGGAAUGAAAUAUUGACAAAGUUCCAGGAUAUUCUGCACAUUGAGGGCUCCGUUUGUGACGAGUUCAAACAGUUACAAGAUAAAAAGACAAGUCUAGCAAAUGCAUUGUUUAAACGUGAAAUAGAUAGUUUAGAAAAUAUUAAAACCAUAUCUGAUAUUUUAUGGAAGAAUUUCUUGUGGACGGAACAAAAAUUACGCGAUACCUACUUAUGUUCAAUACAUGAAAAAGAAUGUUUGGAUGUACUGACAAAUGCAGAAGAAGAUCAAUUUUCUGACGAGAAGAUGAUAAUCGAUGUGCAGCUGGAAAAACAAAAAGCGCUACGAACCGACGUAAUAAAGUCUGAAGAAGAAAUGGAUUCUUUCACGAGCUUAGCCACAUGGUACGAGAACAAUUUAAAAUCUGGCAAGAUCAAGAAUCAAACAGAGAUGGAGAAGAAACUACAGAGUCAAAUUAGUCAGCUGACGAAAGAAGGGAAAGAUCUUAAAAAUAAAAUAGAUAGUAUGCGAUCAAGAAAUGUGAAAUUAGAGAAAAAUAUUGACGAUCUUCGAGCGGAAGUAAAGAAGCUAAAAUCAACGGAGACAGAGUCGACAGAAGUUAACACGAAAGAAGUAGAAUCUCUGAAGGAACAAUUGGAGCAAUUGAAACAGCAGAAUCAGUUACACGAAGAAAAUCUGUUACAGUUACACAAAGAAAAGGAUGAGUCGAUCAAAAUCGCAAAGCAAAAACUUGAAAGUCAAUUGAAAGAGGUUCAUACUUCGUACGAACGGAAACUGGAAGAUGUGAAGCAAAAGAUGAAAACAGCUUACAAUGAGCAAAUGUCAAAAUUCAACAAGGACCAAGAAAAGAUUGUACGCGAGAAAUUGCAAUCUCAAAUGGAAGUGAUGUGUCAGAAGCAAAGGGAAGAACUCAACAGGUACAAAACGCACGUCAGCGAUCUCAGUUCUCAACUUUGGACCAUAGGGGAAAAGCUUAUAAUCGAGCAGAAACACCACGAAGAUGCGGUACAGCGUUACAGAGAACUACAAACCAAACUCAAGGAGAUCGAAGCUGACCAAGGAGUGGCCACAAUUUCGCGCAAGACUUGCACGAUGGCGAAACAAGGGAUGUUACCUCCAGAGAGUACGCAGCACAGAUCACAAAAAGUGACAACAUUAAUAACAGAGGAAACGAUUGAGAGGAGACACAGUAUUAGAAAUAUGCAAGCAAUGGGCAAUAUGUUCAAAGCGGAGGAUGUGGACGAAAUCUUCGAUAAUGUUUACCUAGCCGAUAUGAAGAGAGGUAAUUGCUUGCCCAGCACAGAUACCGAUCGCUUGUCUAUUUUACAAAUGAGAAAUUCCCUCUGUAAACCCCAUCUGAAAUCAUCUUAUCCGGCGGAAAUGCAAUUCCUUCCUCCAACAUUGACUGAAGAAGAGAUUAAAUCGGGCUCCCUAACGGAAGAAACGUUUAACGACAGUCUUAGCCAAAGCCUUCUUCCGGAACAAAAGGCGAGGAAGAAAGAUAGAACUCAGACAUCAUAUAAAAAACCUGGUCCUCCAACACCAAGCAAGAAUGGCGGAAGAUUGUCACUGCAGGGUAAUGAGUUAAAAAGCCCGAGUUCACGCAUACUAAGAGAACGGAAUGCAGAUAGAAGAGUGACGACAACUCCGCACUCAUUAAAGAACAUAUUCUCGUUAAAACGAACGCAGGACGAAAACGCAUCUAGCACGCCAAAAGGUCGCAGACUCAGCAGUCUUUUCCGUAAAUCUCGAAUACAGUCAGACCGAUGAAUGAACACUGGUCAUAUAAUCAUGUACAAAGGGUAGUAAUAUAUUAACAUAAAUAUAAAACUAGCAGUUCUACAAUUAAUACUACAAUAUUUUAAUCUAUCUCUAAGUGUCAUUGCAAGCGUCGUGUGGAUUAUAUGUUAUAUGGAAUUAUAAUUGUAUUUUGAAAUCAAAAAUUCUUACUUUUUAUCAUGACACUAGUAAUAAACAUUUUAUAAAUUUAUAUGAAAUAUUUUUUAAUAUAAAACGAUAUAAUGUAUAAAAGAAGUAAAAUGGGAUUGUAAAAAUACACUCAGUCCAUCGUUUGUGUAUUGAUAAAUAAAAUUAUGUCUCAAUAAGAGAGAGUUAUGUCCGUUUCUUUAAAAAUUAUUAAAUCAUUUUUAAAAUAGUUUUUAUUAAAUAGUUUUACAAUCCCGUUUUACUUCUUUCAUAUAUUGUGUCGGUUUAUAUUAUAUUAUAUAAUAUUUAUAAAUAUUGCACAAAAAU